GGAGGGGAGCCGGCGCGAAGACCGGGGGCGGGGUCGACGCUGAUUUGUCGCCAUUUUGUUCCACCGACUGACCUGGCAGAUAUCCCAACACUUGAAUUGGUCUGGUUGACUGCAAUGCUUAAAUGGGGUAUUAUUAUUAGAGCUCCGUCUACAGUGACUAUGGACUGAAAUUGUGGAUUAUAGGAGCACACCCACAAUACAAACCAUUGAUACGAGCUCCUGACGCAAGGCGAGGUUCUCCCAGUAACAGCACAUUUAAUGAUUCAAGAAAGAUUAGUAUCGUGAAGACACCUGUUAAAGUACGCCAGGGCCGUGGGAGAGUAGGAAGGAAUGUGGAGCAGACGAGAUGCGGUGGAAGGUUUUCUCAGGACGCCGCGUGUGCUUGGCCUCAUGCUUCAGGGCACGGUCACAUCGCCACAGCAGAAGUGAACACACUACAUUCCGUGGGGCUGCCUCUUUAACUGCUCCCUCGAGGAGUCUUUGCCAAUUUAUGCAUGAGGCUAUGACGGGAGCUAACUGUGUGACCCACUGGCAAAGGAUAUUUGAACAGAAGGGAAUAUCAGAGCCACAGCAUUCAAGUGAAUAUAUAAUAUCCCAUGUGCUUGGAGGAAAAACUGUUCACAGUCUUGCAGAGGAGGUCCUAUCUCGUCCACUUACUACAGAGCAGAAGCAGAUGAUCUGGAAUUUGUGUUCUAAGCGCCUUCAACACAUGCCUGUGCAGUAUGUGAUCGAGGAGUGGGACUUCCGUGAUCUGACCCUGAAACUAAAGCCACCAGUCUUUAUUCCUAGACCAGAAACAGAGGAGUUAGUCAAUCUUGUGCUGUCAGAACUCACCGAAGAAGACGCUUUAUUUUCUGUUGAAAAGGUGCAUUGGCAGAACUCCCAACAGGCUGCUGGCCCUCUGUUCCUGGAAAUUGGGUGUGGAUCUGGUGUCAUAGUUCUGAGCUUACUGCAUUUCUUUAAACAAAGUCGUGCUGUGGCAGUGGAUAAAAGCCCAGAAGCUGUGGACCUCACUAGACAAAAUGCUGAGAGGUUGUGUGUUCAGCACAGGCUUCAAGAAUUGCAGCUUGAUGUAAUAUCAGAUUCUCAGAAGCUGGCUCGGAUCUGUGGACUGGUGGAUGUGAUUGUCAGUAACCCACCAUAUGUGUUUCAUAAAGAUAUGCCUGGACUAAUGCCCGAGACCCUCAAGUAUGAAGACCAUGAUGCACUGGACGGUGGAGCAGAUGGAUUGGAUGUCAUCAAAGCUAUACUGCAGCUUGCGCCUACUGUUCUUAAGGAUCAUGGCAAGGUUUUCCUCGAAGUGGAUCCCAGACAUCCAGAGAUGAUGCAAAAUUGGCUUCAGGAACAUGCCAGCCUGCGGCUCACCUACAGGGCUACCCACAAGGACAUCUGCGGAAAGCAGCUUGGUCACUUGAUCAGUUACUGGAAGCAAGCUGCUUUUUUUUUUACAAGGAAAUUUUCUUUCAGAGAAACCUUGUUCUUAAAGGGACCAUCACCUCAACAUAAGAGCACGUGGGCUAUCACAUAGAAAAGAAGAAAUGAAGUGUGAAAUGGCCACGUUUCUGUGUACUCCAGAGAAGUUGAACAAUUGAAGGACCAACCCCUCACCCUUCUUACCUAUAUUUAAUAGAAGAUGUAAAAUUGUGUCUGCAGAAAUUGUGUCUUAGCAGCACACUAUGUUUGCAGCUUAGAAGGCAGAGUUUUGCAUUGCAUCUGUUACAAUAAGCAACCUCACAAUGAGAUCUCCAAUGUACGCUGCAGCAAAUGUCACAAUUUCUUCAGGCAAUGGAUUCCAAUCGGAUGCUGUAACUUCAGUGGAAAAGUGGCAGGGAGCCUAUUUAUGCGUCUAUCCAGGAUUUGCGCCAAAGUGGCAGCAGCCAAUCGAGAUCCCUGUGGAAUUUCCCAUGUUAGUCUUAUCAGCUUUAUUUUCAAUUCACAAAAUUAUACAGUACAGAAGUGAGCCCAUCGUACUUGCGCUGACUCUGAAGAUCUGUCCAAUUUUGUCCCACUCGCUGCUUUCUCCCCAUAAUCCUGUAAAUUUGUCAUCUUCAAGUACAUGUGCAGUUGUCUUUUGAAAGUUCCUAUGGAAUCUGAUUCCACCCUCCGCACCCCCCACCCUUUUCAUAUAGUGCAUUCCAGAAUAUAACAGUCCUCUGUAUGAAAUGAUUUCUCCUCAUUUCCUUUCUAGUUCUUUGACUAAUUAUUUUAAACUUAGACCUCUGGUUUUCGACCCAUUUACCAAAAGGAAACAGUUUCUCCCUACUUGCUCUUUUGAACUCUUUGUAAUUUUGAUCCCAUCCAAUUGUUCUCCCCUGAACCUUCUCACCUCUAAGGAGAACGAUUCCAUAAUAUCCCCUCCAGGUAACCAAAGUCCCUCACCUCUAAUAUCAUUCCAAUAAACUUCUCUGUUCCCUCUUCAAAGCCUUGACAUGUUUCCUGAAGUGUAUAGUACUCAGAAUUACACACAAUACAUCACAAUUGCACCCAGCACUAGUAAUUAUCCUAAGGAAAGUUUUGUUUUAUUUUUUUAAAAUCUUUUAAAAUAAUGCCAGCCCCCCCCCCCCCCCCCCAGCCUUUAAUAUACUUUACUGGGCUUGCGCCGCAUGUCCUAAUCAAUCCCACUGUAAUCGAUAGAGCUAUUCCGGGCACUCCUUGUUAGAUGCCAGUCUUUCUCAGUUGAUAGCAAUACCUUGCUGAAUCAAAAAGUUGUAGUUUAAGACACCUGCCAGGAUCUGAAUAAAUCACUGAGGUGACAGCAUUGCCCUUCAGAAGCAAUGUUAAACCUAGAUUUUCCCAAUUUAGGGGUGGCACUAAAGAUCCAUUGAUACCCAAUGACAUGAGUUGAGGUAGAAGACCCUGAAUGGCGGAGGAGGCUCAAGUGGUCAGAUGGCCUAUCCCUGCUCUUCUUUCUUAUGUCCUUACAACACUUUUCAGGAUGAACAAAAAGUUCGCCCCAGUGUCACCAAAGCUAAUUGCUUUACUGCUGCUCACUGUGUGCAAAUUGGCUGCAACAUUUGCCUAAACAAGUCACUGCAUUUUAAACAAAAAAGGCAGUUCACAUGAACUGCUAUGAGUCAUUUUGCAAGAGACAUGGUAAAGCACUAUAUUAUAAACAUUUAUUUCUUUAAUCACUAGAGCAGACUACAAGCUAAGCCACACAGCUCUCAAAUCAGAUAAAAAAAACCUGAAAAAAUUAUAUGUAUAUGUGUGUUUUUUUAUAUAAACAUAAUUUUUAAGUAGAUCUUGGGGGAACUAUGCUACAUAAAAAAGUACUUCAUUAAAUCUGUGCAAUCGUGUGACAGAAACUUAAACACUGCAAGGAUAAUGGUUUGAUAAAUAUAUUUUUUACUAGCAGAGACUGCAAAACAUAUGCAGUCCAAUUGCUACCUUUAUUUCAACAAUACUUUAUUUCAACAGUAUUUCUUUAUAUACAGGAUUUUGAGUUAUUAUUUCAUCAAAGACUUUAGCAGAAUCAAAAUUUCUCACUCUGAAAAAAGCUACAUAAAGCUGUCCAUGUCUAAAAACAGGCCUAAGAAUAUAAAUGUAAAUUAUGCCAAGAGUCUUGCCUUGUGACUCGUUUAUAGUCAUAGAAUAUGAACGUUGAAUUGGGAAUGGUUUGCUUCUGAGGAAGGUUCACAAUGAUGGAUGCAAUGUUAUUGCAAGAGGAAUAAACACUCUUUUUCCUUGAAA